AUGCCUCGCGAGGCCACACCUCGACCUUAUCGAUCGCACCUACGUCCAGCUUGCCUCCCCUGUCGCCGACGAAAGUCGCGAUGCAAGACCGAUAGUGUUUUGGGACAAUGCCUUAUGUGUCAAGCUCAUGGAACUGUGUGUGUAUUUCCAGAGGAGUCUGAUCAUCGUGCUGCAAGAAACAGUGCGCAACGCUCGUCUGCAAAGCCUCAGACAGAAGAUUACGACGGUGCAUAUGGCGGCAUAUCUGCUAAUUUAAUUCCGAGAUAUCGUGACUCCGAUCGACACAUGGGACGCGCGACGGCUGAUACGUCAUCAGUAUCGGUACCUAGUCCUGUACAACAACGGCCGGCGCAUACACAUGGCAGUCAGCCAGCAGUGCCCACUCUCCUGGACAGUCUUGCUGUUGACGGAGAACAUAACCCACACAUCGUCGGGCCGGUAGUAGUGAAUGAUAAUGACAUGUUACAAGAAUACCUUUCUACGAGACGGAAUGAUGGCGCAGGUCCGUCUAGAAUGAUAACAAUGGGUAGGACCUUCCAGUAUGGAGCUGUGAGACGGCCGGUGAUGUUCUCAAAUGUCCAGAAGCAGCCUGUGGGACUCACAAGCAACCGUGAUCCAGCGUUCCUGAAGACUAUGGUUAUCGAGAAACUUUUAGAGCCAUUUGGCCACGAGUUGAUUCGAGUUUAUCUACACAAAGCCAACUGCUGUUUGCCUUUAUUAGAUGAACAGUCACUUUAUAGUGCAGACAAGGACAUUAUCUCGCCGACGCUGCUGGCUAGUAUUUAUGCGAAUGCUCUGAUCUAUUGGCGCCACGACACCCACCUUGCCUCGCAUAGAUGUCCAGAUGUGCGCUUCAUAUGGAAUCUUGCGAACGAAGCUUUAUAUAUAGAGCUUCAACGGUCGCCCGGAAUGUCAACGAUCAUUUCGAUCUUGCUAAACAUCAGUGGUAGACCUACGACAGCCGUGAUGGGUAACGCAGUACUUAUAGGAUCUGCAAUCGCACUGUCGUACUCCCUAGGUCUCAACCGCGAUCCUGGAGCAUGGGAGAUUUCGGCGACGGAGAAGAACGUGAGACGACAAAUCUGGUGGGCUAUUGUGAUUUUCGACUGCUGGAGCAGUAUGUCUUAUGGUACUCCUCCACAGGUACAACGUCAUCAACAUGACGUCUGUGUCCCUGAUAUGAAUGACAUGCUUGCCAGUGAUGCUACACCGAGAGGAGCAGCUGGUGCCCCUAUCUAUAUAGCAUUCAUCGGUCUCACAAAGAUCCUGAGUAUUCUUCUCGAUCAUGUGUAUCGUAUCGAAUCUUCCGGUAGUACACGCAAUGAAAUUGGGCCAUGUGAAGUUUCCCUCAAUACGAAUCUAUACGAGUGGGAGGAAGGACUGACAGAGAACAUACGUCGCAUCAUCAUACGUGGCGCACAUCUUGACCAACCGGGCGCUGCAAACUUCAGGCUCGCGUACUUAUCAGUCAAGCUUCUUCUACAUCGCAUAGAGCUAGGACUUGACCCGCAAGAGACGUCGUCAGACACGCGGCCCAGUCACCAAUACGCCCAGGCCCAGAGAGUCGCCGAGGAGAUUGUUAUGCUCGUGCAAGAGCUAGGUGUGGAGCAGCUGGGCGACUUCUGGCUAUCAGUCAGCGCGUUCUCGCUCACUUCUGCCAUGAGUUUCCUUGUGCGACGAACGUUGGAGUCUCGACGAGAGUAUAAUGCAGAUCUGAACCAGAUAGGUGCUUUCAAGUUGGCGAAGCAGUUUAUUGCCAUUCUGAGAUCUCAUCGUCAACAGCAUGCGUGGGAUGUUGGUGACUUGUGUCUGUCUCAGUAUAGUGAAGUCAUUGAGAGUCUGGAACAGGGGGACCUUGAUUCGGGUCCAUCGCUGUCGAAUAUUGAGGACUUUGUUCCCGAUGUCAACGUCGAUCAGCUGUUUCCGAGUCUAUGGGACAUGUUUGAGGCAGAAGGUGCGUUGUAA